AUGAGGCUGAGAUCUCUCCCCUUCAUUGCCGCCUUCUGCUGCUCCGCCGUCCGCGCCGCUGCCCUCGUCUCCAUGGCCCCCCUCCGGUUCUCCGCCGUCCGGGACGUGGAGAGCGCCCUCUCCGAGGAUUCCCCCACCACUAAGAAGCCCGCCGGCGCCCGCGACGCCCGGUCCCCCCUCACCAGAUGGGAGGCCGCCGCCGCCUCCUCCGUCUUCGCCAUCUUCGUCGUCGGCCUCUUCUGCAUCUACCUCACCAUGCCGGAGGCCGACUACGAUAAGAUCCUCCGGCUUCCGCGCAACCUGGCGGAGCUUCGCGUCCUCAAAGAUAAUAUUGCUGUGUAUGCAAGAGAUUACCAAGCGAAGUUUAUGCUAGGGUACUGCGCAACAUACAUCUUCAUGCAGACAUUUAUGAUUCCAGGCACCAUAUUCAUGUCAUUGCUGGCUGGAGCUCUUUUUGGAGUAGUCAAGGGUGUCUUGUUGGUUGUUUUUACUGCCACUUCUGGUGCAUCUUCUUGCUAUUUUCUUUCCAAGUUGAUUGGAAGACCUCUAGCUAGCUGGUUGUGGCCUGAAAAGUUGAGGUUUUUUCAGGCAGAGAUAGCAAAGCGCAGAGACAAGCUGUUAAAUUACAUGCUUUUUUUGAGGAUUACUCCAUCAUUGCCCAACACAUUUAUCAACAUGGCAUCCCCAAUUGUUGACAUACCUUUCCAUGUUUUUUUUCUUGCGACGUUGGUUGGUCUUAUUCCAGCAUCUUACAUCACUGUCAGAGCUGGCCUUGCUCUUGGGGAUUUAAAAUCAGUCAGAGAUCUCUAUGACUUUAAGACAUUGGUAGUUUUGUUUUUAAUUGGAUCAAUCUCCAUAUUACCAACGAUCCUCAAGAGGAAGCGGACAUAUGAAUGAGGCUUCUAUGAACAAGUUGCUCAGUCAUGAGUACUCUCACGAAAGGAAGGAGCACAAAGUGAUAGCUCUUUGCUUUUCUUAGGUUAUAUCCUUGGAUUGACAGGCAUUGGCAUAUGUUCACACAUCAUAAUUUGUUUAAUUAGAACUCGAAAUUUAUUUUUCAACAGAAAAGGAUGCAAUAUUCAAGAACUGAAAUGCAAUAUUUUGACUGUUAAAUGAAGGAAUCAAUCUUUUUUCUUUUUUUGGUGCACUCCUGUAAUGGAUAAACUUUGUUGGCUUAGAACUGAAAUGCAAUAUUUUGACUGAUAAA